UGGGACUCUUUUCCUGAUCUGGGAGUUCAUCUCACCAGCUUUAAGCAUCAGCACCACUGUGAUUUAAUCUUACUCACUUUUACAUACAUUUCCAAAAGUUAGACAGAUUAUCUUUAAUUGAAGUGAUCUGAUCCACAGUAAUGGCUACAAUAAUGAGCCCAUAUUCAUGGACAGAGGGUUUGGACUCUCCUGCUGGGGAAGGAAAGCCCAGGGCUGGGCUUACAGCUCACGAAUCUUCAGGCAGGAACAGAGCUGAACCACGAAUCCGGAGACCCAUGAAUGCCUUCAUGGUCUGGGCUAAGGACGAGAGGAAAAAACUAGCAAUCCAAAAUCCUGACCUUCACAAUGCAGAGCUCAGCAAAAUGCUGGGUAAAUCAUGGAAAGCACUGACUCCUUCACAGAAGAGGCCUUUUGUAGAGGAAGCUGAAAGAUUACGAGUCCAGCAUAUGCAGGAUCAUCCCAAUUACAAAUACAGGCCUCGGAGGAAAAAACAGAUCAAACGUCUCUGCAAACGUGUAGAUCCUAGCUUCCUGCUCACCAACAUCCCGCAUGAUCGACCUCCUGUCCGCAGUGGAAGAAUGUGCAGGGGACCUCUGGAGGAGGAAGAGGAUAAAGGCUAUCCACGAGCCUCAAGACUUCCUGUAAUCAGCAGAUUCAGGGACACACAGACAACAAACAACAGCUUUGACAACUAUGGGCUACCCACUCCUGAGAUGUCCCCUUUAGAUGUGAUUGAUGCCGAUCACAGCUUCUUUCCAACUCAGUGUACAGAAGAUUCUCCUUCCCAGAUGAACGGACUAAUGUAUCAUUCAGACUACAGUCAAAGCCCUAUCCAAUGUGGACAUCUUAGUCAGAUUUCAAUUCCCCAGAACAGAUCUACCAUGAUGCACUCUGCAGCCAGCCAUCCUCCACCUCCUCCUUAUUAUAACCGGAUCCAGCAGCCGGCUCCACAGUGCAUGAACUCGAGCACAUCAGUUCACCUUUCUCCUCCCCAUGAUCACCAUCACCUAGAUAAUCUGGAACAUAUCACCCAAGCUGAGCUUUUAGGAGAAGUGGACCGCAAUGAGUUUGAUCAGUAUUUGAACACCUCUAGUCAUCUAAAUCAAGCAGGAAUGGUAAUUAAUUCACAUCUGCCUGACAUUUGUUCACCAGGAGGCACAAAUUCAGAGAGGAGCCUUAUAUCUGUAUUAGCAGAUGCUACUGCAGCUUAUUACAACAGCUACAGUAGCUCCUAGAACAAACAAAUAGACUUGUACUUUUUUAAAGUAACAACAGUAUUAUUUACAAAUAUCUCUGGGCAUGGAAAUAUCCUCAGGGCGGUAAACUAAAAUAGUCGUGCUUUUUCAUAGAUGAUGACUAACAUAUUUAUAUUGGCUUGAAGUAAUUUUUGCAACAUUUGUAAGAUAAAAUUUAAAGUUGCUUGCUAUUUGGAUGCUUGUUUUCCAAACAUUAUGCUGAAAUGUUUGUGCUUGUAAAGGGUUUGCAAGAGAUAUUUCUAAAUCCUCAGUAAUUGCUUCUUUCUUUUUCGGUUUGGUUAUUGUAUGCCUUUUCAUUUCAAAUGUUUGCAUAUUCUUCCAGUGGAUUGAGAAAAUUUAACUGAUCUGAAAUUACUGAUCCAAUGCUGAAUGAAUUACUGUGCUUUCAAUCUAAUAAAUAUUUCA